AUGACGGCCUCAGAUGUCGAAGAUGGCCACUCUCGUUCGGCCUCUCCUGACGACAGUGGGACCGAACACGUCCAAGUGAAUAUGGCCGAAGGUCAGAGUAAGAACGACGUGAGAAGCAAGCAACAAAAUGGAGCCCAACCGACCAAUCCAAAGGAUCCUUCUCGCCCCCGUAGAAAAAAGGCACGCGACGAGAGACCAUGCCAAAGGUGCAUAAAACGAGGCCUCCAGGAUGCGUGUCAGGACGGCGUCAGGAAGAAGGCAAAAUAUCUGCACGAUGCGCCCAACGAGGCCCUCAUGCCUGGGGUUGGAGGGAACCCCUACAACCAUGCGGCGGCGAAAGCAAGCUCGACUGUGGGCAAUGAAACCCCCCAUCAACAACCCUUCUUUCAACAAACGCCGACGUACAACAAUUUUCCCACGCCCGCGCAUAUGCCUCCUCCACUGCUCCACGAGAGAAGUAUGAGCACGACUAGCUUCACUCAGCAGUCACCACUGGCCACAAAUUUUCCAAAUGUCGCAUCGCAAGUUCCGCUGCAAAGCCCUGUAAUUGGUGCCGAUCAGUCGAAUUCCACCAACAUGACUGCCGCCGGCUGGCCAGGGCAGAUGUAUGGUGAUGAUGCCAUGUUCAACUUCGACAUUGCCAGUAUGAACUUCGGAAACCACUAUGGUGCAUUAGAGUUCGGAAUGCUCGGUCAUAUGGCUACCAAUGCGGGAGAUACUCCUCCUAGCGACACGGCGACACGAAGCGGUUCUAUCACACAGCAGCAGCAAUAUCGUAUGCCCUUCAGCUUCAGCGAGAGUCCGACGGCCCGGCAACAGAUAUACGGCGAAGCAAUAUUACCAGAUUGGUCCAAUGGGGCUGACCCAUAUAGCGGCCAUGGACACGGUCGCCAUAUGGCUCCCAACGCGUUUGCCAUAGAAUCUAACGCGGUUAAUUGGACCUCCCCGGACACGAAUGGCACGCCCAACAAUGCGGUCAAAUUCGAAGAGUCACCGUUGAUGACCAACACAGGUCUUCAGGUGCCGCCAUCAGCCCUGGAUGGCGGCCCGGUCAUUCAUUCAACCGGACCCUUGGAUGGCAGGAACAACCGGCCCCCUCCUUCUAUCUCGACUCCGCAGUUGAAGGCCAAAUCUCAGCUGCCCGUCAAGUCUUUGAAGCGGCCUAAGGAUCCGUCAUCGAUCUACACCUCCGUCACCCAGCCUUAUCCUUAUACGGCAGGGUUCCACAGCUUUAUUGCAUACCUUCAGAAACGAUUUGCCGCACAUCCUUCCAAGACACUUGCCAUAGCCAAGUCAUUGGCGUCGAUCCGACCAUCGUUCAUUGCGACAACCAAGACUUUGAACAGGGAAGACCUGAUCUUCAUGGAAAAGUGUUUCCAGCGGACAUUAUGGGAAUAUGAAGGUUUCAUUGAGGGUGUAGGUACUCCAACAAUUGUGGCGAGGAGGACUGGAGAAGUUGCAGCUGUGGGCAAGGAAUUCCAAAUCCUCACCGGGUGGACGAAGAAUGUGCUGCUUGGUCGGGCGCCCAACCUGAAUGUGAAUCGCGGUCAUUCCGGGCAAACACCCGGCACCGGGUCUGGGGCUAAUACUGCUCGACAAACGGGGAGUAACACCCCCACGCAACGACUGAUGUUUGAGACCGAGAACGGCGAGAAACGACCACAACCGGUGUUUCUUGCCGAACUGCUCGACGAUGAGUCCGUGGUUCAGUUUUAUGAGGAUUUUGCGAGACUUGCGUUCGGAGACAGUCGAGGCAGUGUUUGUGGCAGGGCCAAACUCCUUAAAUAUCGGACAAAAGACGAUGAACUCGCCCAGAAUCUCAACGUCGAGGCCGAGGCUCGAACCGAAGAUGGCCGUCAAGGUCAACCAGAGCUGCGACGGCAAGACUCCCGUCGUCAGCAUGAAAUGAAGCGGGAGCGUGAUGGUAUUUCUGGCGAAAAGGGUAUGCAAAAACUGGGAUCUGCCGACGGGAAGGUGGAUUGCACAUAUUGCUGGACGGUGAAACGUGACGUGUUUGAUAUACCCAUGCUUAUUGUUAUGAAUGUGAGUUCUCCCUCCUGCUUCGUCCCUUCAUUUUUGGCACACUAA